AUGGGCUCCGCCUCAAAUCACAGCUAUUUCAGAAAUGACACGGACUCCUCCGAAGAGCAGUCGUUUUCUUUGUUUGACGUCCAUAUUUUGGUGCCCGUGACAGUCGUUUCCAUCAUCCUGUUUUUCUUGGGAGUCUCUGGGAAUUUGAUAACGAUAGUCAUUUUCAGGCGCUCGCAGGAGAUGAGUACGACAGUGAACAUGUACCUGUCCAGCAUGGCGCUGUGGGACAUGCUGAUUUUCCUUGGCCUGCCUUCCGACCUCUACCGCCUUUGGAAGUACAAGCCCUACAUAUUUGGGGAUUUUCUCUGCAAGUUCUUCAUUUACCUGAGCGAAACGUGCACGUACUGCACCAUCCUGCACAUCACCACGGUGAGCGUGGAGAGGUACUUUGCCAUCUGCUUUCCCCUGAAAGCCAUAGCGACCAUCACCAAGUGCCGGGUAAAACGGGUCAUCCUGGCGCUGUGGGGCUGCUCCCUCCUGACCGCCGGCCCCAUCCUCUUCCUCUUCGGGGUGGAACACCCCAACAGCAGCCAGGAGAGCCGGGAGUGCAGGUCCAUCGAGCGUGUGGCCCGCACGGGGCUGCUCGAGACGAUGACUUGGGUCUCCACUAUUUAUUUCUUCCUGCCAAUGCUCUGCUUGACUCUGCUGUACGGACUCAUCUGCAGAAAGCUCCGGCAGAGCGGGCAGCGGCUGCCGGGCGGCCAGGCUGCGGGCAGGAGAAGGUCCCACACGCAGACUGCCAAAACGCUGGCCGUCGUAGUCUUGGCCUUUGUGCCGUGUUGGCUCCCGUUCCACGUUGGCCGAAUCCUCUUUGCCCAGAGCGAAGUCAUCCUGUAUGACCUCACGCAGUACUUCAACCUCGUCGCCAUGCUUCUCUUCUACCUCGGGGCUUCUGUAAACCCCAUACUUUACAACAUCAUGUCACACAAAUACAGGAAAGUGAUGAGCAAAAUCCUGCACCGCAAGCAAACUCGGCGUCGCAGGAGCCUGACCAGGAGCGAAAAGGUUUCUUCUGAAGGUUUGGAGCGUUUCAGGAAGGCUGGAGUUGAUUCGUGUUAG